UUCACAUAGAGUUAUAAUAUUUUUUUAUCAAUUCUAAGAUUUCUCAAUUAUGUCUAUCAAGAAUGUUGUUGUUCUUCUAGUGAUCGUAUCAGUUGUUGUCUCCACAAAUGCUCAGCUACCACAACUUCCUUUUCCUUUUCCAUUCCAACCCAGUCCCAACAUGCCAGGAUUCCCCGAUAUUGCAAAAUGUUGGUCAUCUGUGAUGAAUAUUCCAGGAUGUAUCACAGAAAUUUCUCAAGCCAUACUUAGUGGACGAUUUGGCAACAUUGGUCCAGCUUGCUGCAAAGCAUUUUUGGAAGGUGAAGCCAAUUGCUUGCCGAAACUCCCAAUCAAUCCAUUUUUUCCUCCAAUGUUGAAAGAGCAAUGUUCAAGAAUUGCAGGCGCAAUUCCUCCUACCACGAAGUAAAAAUUUAAGCUAUAAAAGCUAUGUUAAUCGUUUGAUGUUUAGCUGUUUUCUCUCUAUUCUUCCUUGUGGACGUUUAGUUGUUUUCUUAAGCUAAAGUUAGUUUUACA